CCCUUGCUCAGAAGUCCGGCGAGGAAGGGGACUCGCCGAUACAGAGUUGCUGCGGCGAAAAAAAAGAGCGAUGGUAGCGUCUCUGUACUCGAUCGUCGCUGUGUGCAAGAACAUGGGCAUUGGAAAAGACGGGAAGCUUCCUUGGCCUCCGCUCAGGAAUGAGUAUAAGCAUUUUCAGAAAAUGACAAUGACAACUAAAGAAGAAGGAAAGCAAAAUGUGGUCAUAAUGGGUAGGAAGACUUGGUACUCCAUCCCUGAGAAAAAUCGUCCUUUAAAAAACAGAAUUAAUGUAGUACUUAGUAAAGAACUAAAGGAUGUUCCUGAAGGGGCCCACUACUUGGCUAAAAGUCUGGAAGAAGCCCUAGAUCAUCUUGAAACACCAGAGAUGAAAAGAAAGGUAGACAAGAUUUGGAUAGUUGGAGGAAGUUCAGUAUAUAAGGCAGCAAUGGAGAAGCCAAUCCAUCAACAACUGUUUGUGACAAGAAUUAUGCAUGACUUUGAAAGUGAUACAUUU